AUGGCAACCAGCGCGCAACCCGGGCUGCUCGGCCUGGAGGGAAGCGCGGGAGGUGAGGCGCUGGCGACAAACGGGACUGCUAGCACCGCGGGCCCCGAGCGGCCUGGGCCGCUUCAGGACGAGACCCUGGGCGUGGCGUCCGUGCCCUCGCAGUGGAGGGGCGUCCAGGGCAUCCUCGGGGAGACGAAAAGUUGCCAGACGGCCAGCAUUGCCACUGCUGAAGCGUCCGUGCAGGCCCGGAAGCAUGUGGAUGCUGAGGUGCAGACCGAGGUCCCCGAGCCAGUCAGCCUGCCGUCUGUGCCUCGGUACAACGGCCCCCGGCUUGCGGCCUUUCUCCGGAAAGUAGAGGCCAUGGUUACCCGAGAGCUGAACAAGAAUUGGCAGAGCCAUGCGUUUGACGGCUUCGAGGUGAACUGGGCCGAGCAGCAGCAGACGGUGACCUGCCUACAUACCCUGAGCUAUCCCCCAGCCCAAGGACAGGGUCUCCACGUGACUGGCGUCUCCUGGAACACCACUGGCUCUGUGGUGGCCUGCGCCUACGGCCGGCUGGAUGACGGGGACUGGAGCACGCUGAAGUCCUUCGUGUGCACUUGGAAUCUGGACCGGCGAGGCCUGAACCCCCAGCAGCCGUCGGCGGUGGUGGAGGUGCCCAGCGCCGUCAUGUGCCUGGCCUUCCACCCCACGCAGCCGUCCCACAUGGCAGGUGGACUGUACAGUGGUGAGGUGCUGGUGUGGGACACGAGCCGCCCUGAGGACCCACUGCUCUGGUGCACAGGCCUGACGGACGACACGCACACGGACCCCGUGUACCAGGUGGUCUGGCUCCCCGAGCCCCGGCACAGCCACCGCUUCCAGCUGCUGAGUGUGGCCGCUGACGGGAAGGUGCUGCUCUGGCAGGGGGUCGGGGCUGGCCGGCUGCAGCUGAGCGCGGGCUUCGCCCUGGCCGCGCAGCAGCUCCCCAGGAACACCAAGCUGAAGAAGCCUUCCCGGGGGGAGACCGAGGUGGGUGCCACGGCGGUGGCUUUCUCCAGCUUCGACCCCAGCCUUUUCGUGCUGGGCACGGAAGGCGGCUUCCCACUCAAGUGCUCCCUGGCGGCGGCGGAGGCCGCUGUCACGCGCAUGCCCAGCUCUGUGCCCCUGCGGGCCCCGGCGCAGUUCACCUUCGCCCCCCACGGCGGCCCCGUCUACUCUGUGAGCUGCUCCCCCUUCCACAGGAAUCUCUUCCUGAGCGCAGGGACGGAUGGCCACGUCCACCUGUACUCCAUGCUGCAGGCCCAGCCCCUGACCUCCCUGCAGCUCUCCCACAAGUACCUGUUUGCUGUGCGCUGGUCCCCGGUGCGCCCCCUGGUGUUUGCAGCUGCUUCUGGGGCAGGUGACGUGCAGCUGUUUGAUCUCCAGAAAAGCUCCCAGAAGCCCACAGUUUCAGUCAAGCAAACUGAGGAUGAAAGCCCUGUCUACUGUCUUGAGUUCAACUGCCAGCAGACUCAUCUCCUGGCUGCGGGUGAUGCCAAGGGCACAGUAAAGGUGUGGCAGCUGAGCAGUGAGUUCACUGAGCAAGGAGCCCGGGAGACAGAGCGCCUGGAUCAGCUGGCCUCGGAGGUGGCCAGCUGA